AUGAGCUAUUUCGAGGACGUGAACACUGUCUCGAGGUUCAUCUCACAGGAGGAUAUUCCUGACUUGCGCAAGAUCAAGCCAGUCGACACAAUCGUCUUGUGCGUGUGUUCAGUCCUGUUGAGCUCAGAAACUGUCCUCAAGAUCAUUCGUGAACGACCCAACAUCACAAAAUCACUCGUCCUGUGUGGCGGCAUCGGACACUCCACCACGUACAUUUACGAAGCCGUCGCCCGCCACCCCAAGUUCAAGGAGAUUGCCCCCGAGAUCCAGGGCCUGCCAGAGGCCCAAGUGCUCAGGGCCAUAUUCAACCGCUUCUUUGCUCCGAAGUUCACGGAAGAGCAGCCGCCUCCGCGGAUCUUGCUCGAAGACCGUUCCACCACCUGCGCCACCAACGCCGUUGAGACUCGCAAGCUGCUCGAGGCAACCGGAGUGCCCACGCCUUCGUCGAUCGUCGUCGUUCAGGAUCCCACCAUGGUCCGAAGAACAGUUGCCUGUUUUGAGAGGGUCUACGAGGACCUCCUCAACCCGCCAGAGUUCUUCGGCUGUCCUGUCUUCGUUCCGCUGGUCGGGUCGGACGUCGAUGACAAGCUCGUCUACACGGCGCCGAAUAUAGCCCCAGAGUUGAUGUGGGGUGUUGGCCGUUUUCUUGAUCUGGUCAUGGGCGAGAUUCCGCGACUGAGAGACGACAAGAAUGGGUACGGGCCGAACGGCAACCACUCUAUUGUCCACGUCGAUAUACCGACGGAGGUCGAGGAGGCUUGGAGCAGGCUCGCUGAGAAGAUCACAAAUCGGCGGUACAACAUGGUCUAG